GUCUAACUAUGGCACUUUUUUAAGUGGGUUUGAGGGGCACUUUGAGCUAGGCAAACUGAUUGCUUGAUUAAUUAGAGAGAAUGGGUGGUCGUCCUCUGCUCUUCUUCAUCUUGAUCUUUAUCUGCCUCAUACUCACUGCUCUUGUUGGCUCAUCAGCAAGCAAUGAGGCGGCUGCUGCUGCUGCUGCUGCUCCUCGUCAUUAUUCGAUUCCAUUCAAUAGAAGUAGCUUCCCAGCUAGUUUCAUCUUCGGAGCUGGUUCUGCUGCUUAUCAGACUGAAGGAGCAGCACAUAUCCAUGGAAAGGGACCAAGCAUAUGGGACACUUUCACUACAAAACAUCAAGAAAAAAUAACUGAUAGUAGCAACGGGGAUGUAGCAGAUGACUUUUACCAUCGUUAUGAGGAAGAUGUGAAAUUGAUGAAAAAAGUCGGUUUAGACUCCUUCAGAUUUUCAAUCUCAUGGUCAAGAUUACUACCUAAGGGAAAAGUCAAAGGUGGAGUGAACCAAGAAGGCGUAAAAUUCUACAACAAUCUUAUAAAUGAGCUCUUGUCGAAUGGAAUAAUACCUUUUGUGACGCUUUUCCACUGGGAUCUACCACAGGCUCUUGAAGAUGAGUAUGGUGGAUUUUUAAAUCAUAAGAUUGUUGGUGAUUUUCAAGAUUAUGCCGAUUUUUGUUUCAAAACAUUUGGUGACCGAGUUAAGCAUUGGAUCACUCUGAACGAGCCAGUUACAUACUGUGUCAACGGGUACAAUGGUGGAACCAAUGCACCUGGUCGAUGCUCUAACUAUGUCGGAAAUUGCACCGCCGGUAACUCUGCUACAGAGCCUUACAUUGUAGGCCAUCAUCUGCUGCUUGCUCACGCGCACUCUGCAAAUUUAUACAAGAAGAAGUAUCAGGCUUCUCAAAAAGGGCAAAUCGGGAUUUCGGUUGUGACAUACUGGUAUUUAGCAAAAUCGGAAACUGCUGCAAGCAAGAGGGCAGCUUCUAGGUCUCUUGAUUUUGUUUUUGGAUGGUUUGCUCAUCCCGUUACAUUCGGUGACUAUCCUCAAACCAUGAGAGCUUCUGUGGGUGAUCGGUUGCCUAAAUUCAGUAAAGAAGAAACUAAGCUCCUAAAAGGAUCUCUAGAUUUCCUUGGUGUCAAUUACUACACAAGUAGUUAUGCAGAUGUUUCCUCACUCUCCACUAGUAAUGUCAACCAAAGUUUCUUCGGAGAUAUGCAUACUUCUCUCUCUACUGAGAAAAAUGGGGUUCCUUUGGGUUCAGCGACUGCUUUGAGCUGGCUUUACAUCUAUCCAAAGGGAAUUCGAGAGCUUAUGUUAUACAUAAAAGAAAAGUACAAUGAUCCCGAGAUUUACAUUACUGAAAAUGGUGUUGGUGAGGCAAAUAAUAGCUCCCAGCCCCUCAACGAUGCCCUCAAGGGUAGUACAAGGAUAAGAUACCAUUCUCUCCAUCUUUCAUAUCUUUUGAAGUCCAUCAAGGAGGGGGUGAAGGUGAGGGGAUACUUCGCAUGGUCAUUUCUUGAUGUUUAUGAAUGGGAUGCAGGCUACACAGUUCGAUUUGGACUCACCUACGUCGAUUACAAGAAUAACUUGAAGAGAUAUCUCAAGUACUCUGCAUACUGGUUCAAGAUGUUCCUCCUCAAAUGAUCCAUGUUAGCCUUAUUGUCAUACUCCCUUAUUUCCCUCCUAGCUUUCCUACAGAUCAUUAUGCUGAUGUGGAUUUCUCCAUGAGGAUUUACAGCCUGUUAAUUUUUUGUCAGUUGGAAAGUUAGUUGGGGUUGCUUUAUGUUGACUACUAUAAAUACCUAGCUUGUAAUAAAGAGAAGUACUCUCUCAUUUUCUGAAAUUACGUUCAGAUAUUUUCUAGCUUUUCUCUCUCUCUGUCUCUCUCUUUCUGGAAAGCUCUCUCUUCUUCCUUCAGGUUCGUUAACUUUUACAGUCAUGGAUGCUAUGUUAUCAUGGUAUCAGAGCUUCGGCUCAUGAUCCUGUGACCUGUUGCUAUGUUAUCACAGUAGUUAUAUUCAUUUCUUGCUUCCGCAAUCGAAGUUUGUGAGAUUUGUGUGAGAUUGAACCCUAGAUCUACUACUGUGGCUUCGUUUUCACUCAUGCAUACUUUGAAGCUCUAGAUCUGGAAAUUUCUAGUUCACUAAGUCUUAUUCUGUAGAAUUUUACUUGAAAUUUAUGUGUAAGCUUCACUAAUUCAGAUUUCUGGUAAAUCGAGGUGUGCUUUUAGUUGCUUCUCUGAAAUCAAGGUUGUUUGCUUCGUUUCAAGCUUACAAAUGGUGAUGACAAUCUCUGGUGAGUACUCGCUCACUUGCAUCAAGUUUGUUACAAGAAUUUCAAAUAGCUUCGAUGUGUGCUAUUGUCCGAACAAUUAAUCUUGGUUUAUAAUUGAUUGAUACCUGCAUGAGUUCUAUGAUUGUCAUAAUUUGCAAGAGCUGUUGAUAAUCUGCAAGUUCUAGUUAAGGAAGGAAGUGUGAUUUUAUAACAUCUCGAUGAUAUAACUUGGUGUGAGUAUUGAAAGGAAAAUUGUUAUAAUUACUAUAACUUGUUGAUUGUUGAUAAUUCUGAAGUGUCACAAGCUGAAAUCAACUCCUUGUUGAGCAUGAUUACUGUUCGGUUGAAUGAGAACAAUUUUGUGAAGUGGAGCUUUCAAUUCCAGUUUGUCCUUGAAGGAAAUGAUCUGUUUGGCUACUUUGAUGGGUCCUAUCCAUGUCCACCUCGUUUUGUUCUUACUGAUGAAGGGACUGUGACAAAUGAGAUUACUAAUGCAUUCAAGGCCUGGAAGAAAACUGACAAGGCAUUACUUGGCUUGCUAAUGGCAACUUUGGAUGAGGAGAUCAUGGAGAUCAUUGUUGGCAGUAAAUCCUCACAAGAUGCAUGGCAUGCUCUACUAGAAAGGUUCUCUACCUAUUCUAGAGCCAAUAUUAUUCAGCUCAAAACUGAUCUGCAGACUAUUAAGAAGGGUAUUGAUUCUGUGGAUAAAUACCUUCUGCGCAUCAAACAUGCAAGAGAUCAAUUAAGCUCAGUUGGAGUCAAUCUUGUUGAGGAAGAUAUUGUUGUUGUGACUCUCAAUGGCCUGCCUGAUGAAUAAUCCAUGAUUAAGAUAGUCAUUCGUGCAAGAGAUACUCCAAUUCCACUUAAAGAUCUUAGAGCUCAACUCCUUGCUGCUGAGAGAGACAUUGAAGGCCAACUUGUGCCUCAAGGAUCUAUGACUGCAAUGGCAGCAAGAAACCACUCAUACAGGCCUACCAACACUACACAGUACUCAGGAAAUGAUGGUGGAAACAAGCAAUCAUCAAGUUCCUUUGGGAAUGACAAAAGCAAGACUUCUUGGAGUGGAAAUAAUGCUAAGCAAUCUGCAUAGAGCAACAACAAUGGCAAGUUUUCUCAACAGGAUGGUCAAAGCAGUGCUUAUAACAGGAGCUAUGGUGGGAUAGAGUGCCAAAUUUGUAAUAAGAAGGGACAUUCUGCAAGUAACUGCUACCAAAACAUGGAGUGUCACAUUUGUCACAAGAAAGGGCAUAUUGCAAGUCGAUGCUUCCAAAACCCUGCAAAUACCAAUAAUGGUGAAUACGGGAACAACAAUGGCAUUACUCCUGAGUGUCAAAUCUGCAGUAAGAGAGGGCACACUGCUGUAAACUGCUUUUACAGAAUAGAUGUUCCUGCUGAUCAUCCUGCAAAGUCUAUUGUUGUGUGUCAAAUUUGUGGACUUAAAGGCCAUGCUGCUCUUGACUGUCAUCAUAGGAGCAAUUACUCAUUUCAAGGAGCUGAACCACCUGCCUCACUCACUGCAAUGUCUGCUCAUGCUAAUUGCAAUGGUGCAAGCUCAUCCAAUUCACAACAUAGCAACUGUGGAGAGGUGUGGAUUGGAGAUACAGGAGCAACACAUCACAUGACUUCAGACCUGAGAAACCUCACCAUCGCUCAACCAUAUGACUCCAACAAUUCAAUUACCAUUGGCAAUGGACAAGGACAAAGUGUCCAAAGCUCUUCUGUACAGAGGAAAGAGUAAUGGUGAAGGUCUAUUUCUGUUCAAAACUCCAAGAUUCAAACAUGUUCAGUCAACAACUCACUAUGGCUUCCUUGGUGCUACUGUUAAGUCUUCACUUUGGCAUCACAGACUUGGUCAUCCAGCUGAUGAUAUUGCUUCUAAGAUGUUGUCUCUAUCUCAAAUUCAGUUUAAUAAGGAUAGAUCUACUCAUAUGUGUUCUCAUUGUUUGAGUGGAAAUAUGCAUAGAUUGCCUUUCCAGGAGUCAUAGUCAAAGUCUGUAACUCCUUUUCAGAAAGUUCACUCAGAUCUUUGGGGUCCUGCCCCAUGUUUUUCUAUUGAGGGUUUCAAAUAUUAUGUUACCUUUAUAGAUGAUUGUACAAAGUUUGUGUGGAUUUAUCCACUUAUCAAUAAAUCAGACACUUUGUCUA